AUGACAGUUUUUCUAUUUGUUUUAUCUUUAUUGAAUCAGUUUUCAAAAAAUCCAUACAAUUGUCAAGCGACUGAUUCUUUAGUGAAAUCAGAUUAUAAAUUUAAUCGAAUUUUAUCAGAUCCAUUUUUUUUAGAACUAAACGAACCAACACCAAAAUAUUUAGAUAAAUUGUUAAAAUCCGGAAAUGAUGAAAUAAAUCAUAAACAUGAAAAUAAGGAAUUAAAAAAUUCAUUCAAUUAUCAAAACACUGAUUCUUUAGUGAAAUCAGAUUAUAAUUUGAAUCCAAUUUUAUCUCAUCCAUUAUUUUUAGAACUAGACGAACAAACAAAAAAAUAUUUAGAUGAAUUAUUACAAUACGGAAAUGAUGAAUCAAAGGAAUCCAAAAAAACCAAUGAAAGAAAAUACAAGAAGAACGAAUAUCCAAAGGAUGACCCCAAAACAAAACAAAAUAUACCGGAAGUAACAGAAAAAGUAAAUAAUGGAACAACAAAUUUUAAGAAAUAUAAAAGAGAAACAUAUGAUAAAGGAAAAGAAGCAAAAUCAAAAAGAUCUCGUUACCUCAAAAAUACAAAAAUGCAAAGAAAGCGUUAUAAUAAUUUUUAUAUAAAAGCAGAAAGGGAUUUUCAGAAUUCUUUAUAUAAAUUAAAUGAUAAAAAUGUUAAAUCUUGUGAAUUCGAAAAUAAGAUGAAAUCAUCUGACAAAUUAUCUUCAUCAAAUGAAGCAGAUGAACCAAAUAAAAUGCAAGAACCAAAUAUAAUAGAAGAAUCAAAUAUAAUAGAAGAACCUAAUAAAAUAGAAGAACAAAAUAUAAUAGAAGAAUCAAAUAAAAUAGAAGAAUCAAAUAAAAUAGAAGAACCAAAUAUAAUAGAAGAAUCAAAUGAAAUAGAAGAAUCAAAUAAAAUAGAAGAAUCAAAUAUAAUAGAACCAAAUAUAAUAGAAGAAUCAAAUACAAUAGAAGAAUCAAAUAAAAUAGAAGAAUCAAAUAUAAUAGAACCAAAUAUAAUAGAAGAAUCAAAUACAAUAGAAGAAUCAAAUAAAAUAGAAGAAUCAAAUAUAAUAGAAGAAUCAAAUACAAUAGAAGAACAAAAUAAAAUAGAAAAAGUGAAUCAAACAAAAUCACCAUUAAGGAAUCAUCAGAUCCAAAUAAAUAAUACUAUUGAUAAAAUAAUUCAAAAUUCCAAUGGAGAUGAAAAACUUCAAAGACUUAAGAGUACAUCCUGGUUAAUAAAUAAUAUGGAAUCAUCUGAAGAAGUUAAACAGAGACUUAGAGGGCUAGCACAAUCAUACAUAUAUAACCCAGAUGAAUCAAAAAAAAGAAAAAUAAUUAAAGAAAUUUAUAAAUAUAGUAAAAAAGAAGAAAAUAAUGAUAUUAAAAAUAUGUUCUUAAAAAUACUUAAAUGUAGAGAUUUAAGUAACACAGAGCCUCGAGAGUAUCAUUUACCUUUACAAGGAUUAUCUAGACCUUGUUAUCUUUUCGUAUAA